AUGGGACAGAGGAAGAGCAAGCCUUCUGAUCUCAUGGGGAAGGGACCCAAGGAGAGGUUACCAGAUAUUCCCCAGGAUUACCCAUUGGGCCUUAUGCUCAAGAAUUGGGAAGAUUGGAUUUGUCAGGCCCUAAAUUUUUAUGUAAACGAUAAGGAGCCCUUUAACCCUGAGGAGAGCGGGUAUGUGCGUUGUUGGCUACCUUCUGCUACUCGCGCGGGAAUUUUCGCCUUAGGCGAAAAGAAAUCUGGCCGCAAAAAGAGGGUCCCUGAGGAACCUCCACCCCCUCCCCCUCCCUAUGAUCCCCCGCCAGUAGCAAAUCCAAGACCCCCCUCUCCCCCUAUGCCUUCGGCUCCUGAGGAGGAUUCCGAUUCUUCGGGGUCAGUUAGAGGGACCCGAAGACUCACGAGGAGUCAAGCUAGACAGCAAACAACAUCAGGAACAGGACAGCAAACAUCGUCAGAAACAGGGCUAUACCCAUUACGAGAAAUAGCGAUGGGAGGUCCACAACCCGGGGUAGGGUUUGUGUCGGUUCCUCUAAAUUCGGGGGAUGUAAGAGAAUUUAAGAAGGAAAUGGGGAGUUUGUUAGAGGAUCCUUUAGGAGUGUCGGAAAGGAUAGACCAGUUUCUAGGACCUAAUCUAUAUACCUGGGAUGAACUACAAGCUAUUUUAGGGAUACUAUUUACCGCAGAAGAGCGGGAGAUGAUUCGGAGGGCUGGGAUGAGAGUCUGGGACCAACAACAUCAACAAGGGCCGAGUGCUGACAUUAAGUGUCCCCAGCAGCGCCCUAAUUGGGAUAAUCAAAACCCGGAACACAGGGGCCAUAUGGGAGGUCUCCACACUAUAAUCGUGCAAGGGAUCAAGGAAUCGGUCCCUCGAGGGCAGAACAUAAAUAAAGCCUUUAAUGAACAACAAAAGAAAGAUGAGACUCCCACAGAAUGGUUAGAAAGAUUAAGAAAGUGCUUGCAGCUUUACUCUGGGAUAGACCCUACGACACCGGUUGGGCAAGCUCUUUUAAAAACUCAGUUCGUGGCGAAGUCGUGGCCAGAUAUGAGAAAGAAGUUAGAAAAGUUGGAAGAUUGGCAAGAGAAGGGGUUGGACAAGUUGCUAAGGGAAGCGCAGAAGGUUUAUGUGAGAAGGGAGGAAGAGACCCAGAGGAGACAAGCUAAAAUUUUGGUAGCGGCAGUUCGAGAGGGACAGAGAAUGGCUCCACAGAAGGGAGGGCCACCACACAUAGCCGAAGACAAAGAUAAAAUCAAUCCUGAAGUAUGGUACACUCCCAAGUCGGUUGAAAAAUUAGAUAUUCCACCAAUUACGGUGACAAUAACGGAUCCGGAAGGAAAUCCUGACAAGGGGUGCGCGGGAGGGGGGGUGUGUCCGGGCGGGGGGGGUGGGGUGUGCCCGGCGAGAGGGCGCACGCGGCCGGGGGAAGAUGGACGGGCAGAGCUGCGGGGGCAGGGGGUGCCGGGGCGGGUGUCACCGGCUGCCUUCCCGCCCCCCUCUCCUUCCCCUGAGCGGGGCGGGGCCGGCGCGGCCCAAUCAGCGCUGGGUCCGCCGCCGGGCGCGGGCUUAAAACCGGGCCCGGGGGGGUGCGCGCUACGUGGCGUUCCUGACCGGCGGCCCCGAGCCGGGCGCGGCGCUGGAGGGCGCCUGGGCCGCGCGCUGCUGCCGCCUGCGCCCGCCGGCCCCGCGCUGCCGGGAAGGGGCCUUCGCCGGCGGCGGGGCGGGACGCUGCCGGGCACGCUGUGGUGCGGGGCCGGUACCUCUGCGGGGAGCGCCAGCGAACUGGGUACGAGGGCGGGCGGUGUCCGCGGGCAGGCGCACCCCAUCCUCCUGGCGGGGCCGUGCUCACCGGCGCUGCUCUCAGAUCUCUUCCGUGGCCCCGACCGGUGCUGCCGGGACCACGACCAGUGCUCGGUGCAGAUCACGGCGCUUCAGUUGAACUACGGCAUCCACAACUACCGCCUGCGCACCGUCUCCCACUUCGACGCCAGGUUCCGGCGGUGCCUGCCGGCUCUCAGCGACACCAUCUCCAACAUCAGCGGUGUUACCUCCUUCAACCUGCUGGAGGUGCCGUGCUUUGUGCUGGAGGAGUGUGAGAAGUGUGUUCAGCGGCACUGGCGGGGAGGGUGUGAGCGUUAUGGUGUAGUGCUCCUGGCCAGGAUGGUGCAGCAGAGUCAGUACCACUACAGCCUGCCGGGAAGGAAGUCCUUUAGAGCAGGGCGCAAGCGGCUUGGACUGGCACUGGGGCAAAACCCCGGGCUCUGCCGUGCACAGAGACCUGCACGAGCCCAGCAGCUGCAGGGCGUAGGCACCUUGUCCACAGUGGAUGACGGAGACAAGGCUGAGCCCUCAGCCAGACACCCAGCAGCACAGUGGGGGCUGGAGCCUGAUCCCCCAACAGCAAUGACCCUGUUGGAACAGGACCUUGCUGGAGGAAAGUGUGCCACAGCUGGGGUGUCCAGAGGCCUCAGCCUGCCAGGGUCGUGUGCCAGGGGUGCUUCUCAUCACCUUGCUGUCCUCAGGCCCAGAGUGUGCAGGUGCUAUAAGUACCUGGAUAAGUGCAAGCACCAGAUUGUACCUCAUGAGGUGAAGUAUGAGCUGCACAAUGUGGACACCCAGGCACUCUUCCAUUGCAACUGUACUCGCAGGGUGCUGGCGUGGUUCCUGUGCAGGGUGAAGGACCUAAAUGAUGUAGAGGUGGCUGUCCUAGCCAACCAGGUUGCCAUACACUGCUUUGUUCUGAAGCCACUCACUAACUGCAGCCCAGGCAAGGAGCCACAGCACAACUGUAUCACAGUGGCUCGGGCUGUGCUGGUACAUGUAAAGCAUCUCAGAAAGACCAUGAGGCACUAGGGUCCUCCACACGUGACCUCCAGGGACAAGCAUCCAGACUGGAACAUGCAGGACAGCGGCGGCACCCUCUAUGAGCAGUGCCUGCAGCUGGCCUUGGAGCAGAAGCCAAGUGCUUGGCCCCGUGCAGUGCCCUGACGAUGCCUGCGCAGCACUGCCUUGUGUGGAGAGGAAGAUGUGCUGUGCAGCAGCCAGAGUGGAGCUGCUUGAUUUCUGGUCCUUGAUACACAGGAUGGCACUGACCAUGGCUGCUGGGGGCAGGCAAAGAGACUGAGAAGCCUCUCGAGCUGUGGCUGCUCUGUGUGUGCAUCAAGCCAAGGAGAAAGGAAUAGGAGAGCUUGGGAAACACACAAUUUUCCUUUCCUGUUGUGCCCUGGGGCAGGGGGGGGAAUGGCAGGUCCCCCACCUCUAGAUUUAUGCCCUUUAGUUGGGGGGCUGGUUCCCCCCUUCCCCAGGCAGGGUGGGAGGGGGUGCAGGGAAG